UACGCCUAAGACAUAUGUUCUAGAAACAAAAUGAAAACUCGGGAUCCCAAAGAGCAGCAGCCGCUUAAAAUAAAAUCAGAUAAAGUUGUGACUAAACGGGACAAAAAAGGAGUUAAACAAGACAGUCGAAGUGGAAAGCGUUCACCGGUAUUGCCACCUCGGAAUCGGACGAAGCGAUCCGGCGUGGAUGCUGUAAAACUUCACUUGGAGACUACGGGUGGCACAGGCAGGACAUCCAGAUCAGCAACGGCGGUUCGCAAAACAAGCGUCCGAAUGACUGCGAUAAAGGAAUACCCUUUCGACCUGAGUGAUUUAAAAAAUCAAAACAACGACACACGUACAUCGAAACCAACCGACCAACUAUCAUCAAAUCAAGUAUUUACAAUAACCCCAAGUACUCCCUCUAACGACGGUAAAAGAAAAGUUUCUAUCAUGGCCGACGAAGGAAGCAAAGAUCGAGAAAAUCUGCCUUCAGAACGGAAUGGCCGAAUAUCAGCUCAAGCAGAAGGGCCAUCGCGCCGCAAAAGUAAUCUUCACAAUGCCAUGGCGGCAGAAAUUGAUACAUCAUGGGAUCGACCAGCCCACAUCGAAGGAAGAUAUAAGAAAUACUCAACAACAUCUUCUAUUUAUUCGAAGAAAGCUUUAUCACAUCAAAGUGAACAUAUCGAAAGAUCCUGGUGGUACGCCUGCUGUCAAAAGUGUCACACAGAAGAAACCGGAAUUCCUUCUUGGGAACCUCCUCACUGGCAAAAAAUAUGCCCUUAUCCUUUGUGUCCUUCUUACAGGAGGUUUGCUCAAAACUUAUCUAUAUUACUUAUUGGUAUAAUGGUGUGGGUAUUGGUAUGGAUAAUAUUAGGGGAUACAGCGGCGCCAGGUGGCCAACUAUUCAUGCUGGCCGUACUUACUAUUGCCGCGCACUUCGGAGGCUGGCUUAUGAUGAAAGUUACUACGCUGCCACCGCUGAUAGGCAUGCUUAUUGUAGGAAUAAUCAUGAAGAACAUCGGAUUUGUCAAUUUUGAUGCGGAUUAUCAGCACGUCGCAUCCUACAUACGAAAAAUUGCCUUAACCAUUAUUUUAACACGAGCGGGUCUCGACCUGGAUCCAACUGCAAUGAAAAAAUUCUUCUUAACUGUUAUUAAACUUGCAUUAGUACCUUGGGCAAUUGAAUGCGGUCUUUGUGCCGUUAUGUGCAACCUUUUACUUGGAUUGCCUUGGGACUGGGCUUUCCUCCUGGGAUCGAUUUUCGCUGCAGUAUCGCCGGCGGUAAUUGUUCCCUGCUUAUUCCGUCUUCGGGAAAAAGGCUACGGUGUAUCUAAGGGAAUACCAACAUUAGUACUUGCAGUAUCGGGUAUCGAUGACGCUGCCAGUGUUGCUAUUUUCGGCAUUGUAUCGUCUAUCAUGUUCUCCAGUGCUUCUCUUACUACGAAUAUUAUUCAGGGUCCACUUAGUGUUAUAGGAGGUGUUGCUUUUGGCGUGUUUUGUGGAUAUCUCGUUAAAUACAUUCCGGAAAGAAAUGAUGCUUUCUUAGUACCAAUAAGAGUACUAUUACUGCUUACUGGAGGUCUUAUGUCUGUGCUCGGCUCCGAAGAAAUUGGCUGGGGUGGCGGUGGACCACUAGCCGUAAUAGCUUUUGCCUUCGUGGCCUGCAAGGAGUGGGUAGAGCAAGGAUGGGAACUUGAUGAUAAUCCCGUUGCCACUGCAUUCGAAAUAUUCUGGAUGUUUUUCGAACCUAUGUUGUUCGCCAUUACUGGCGCUCAAGUUGUUAUUGCAGACCUACCUCCUCAUUUAGUGUUAGUAGGUGGUGGGAUCAUCGUCACCUGUAUUGUCGUUCGUGCUCUUCUCACCAGUGUCUCUGCGGUCCGUAGUAAUCUUAACAUGAAGGAAAAGAUUUUCGUAGGGCUUGCUUGGAUGGCUAAAGCCACUGUUCAGGCUGCUCUAGCACCGGUUGCAUUGGAUGAGGUCCGCAAAAUGACACUGGAUGAUGAAACAAUGACUGAAUUUACGAACUACGCUGAAAUCAUCAUCACAGUGUGUAUUAUGUCUAUCGUCAUCACAGCCCCACUUGGAGCCAUUGUCAUCACAAUCACAGGACCGAGAUUGCUUUCGAAGACUUCUAAGCCACCUGUACUUGAAGGUUGGCGACGAUCGCAUAGACCGUCUAUCCGUGAUAUUUCUAUUAUCGACGAAGAAGAAAUUGCAGAACGAGACGCAGAAGCGGAGGCUGCAGUACAAAACUCACCUCCCGUCUCACCCGUGCCGACUGCAACACCCAAUGCAUACAGCACACCCAAUCCGGUCACAGUACAACCAAAUCAUCGUACAUGAGACUAAAAUCGUUUGUUAAUAGUUGAAUUCCCGUCCACAUACUUAAAUAAAUUUUAUAAUAGUAGACUCUUUAAUAUUUCAAACAAGCUCUUUUAUGGGUAAUACGUGUUGUAGCGGUGGAAUAUAAAUUAAACGAAUCAAAAGCCACAAAAAAGCUGCUAAUACAAUCUUAGAAUUCCUUCAUCGUAUAUAUUUUAUUGGUUGUUCAGAUAUUACUGAACGUAUCAAUUAUUUCUCGUGUAAUAUUAAUGUCUCAACAGCUUAUCCACAACAUAUCGUGUAUAAAAAAGAAACUUAAAAAGAAUACUAUUAUGACAUCUUGCCCUAAAAUUAAUAAUACGUAACGCGUUGAUAAUGGCUUUGUAGACACUUAAGGAAAAAUGUUUAUACCGACCAACAAGUUUAUCUUGUCUACAAAUAACAAACAAUGUAAGAGUUUGUCCGCCUUUUAAUGAAAUUUCGGAAAAUAACGAAACUAUUAUGAGCUAUGAAAUUGUUAUUGUUAAUUUAUUAGGCACUAGUAAUGAAAAGGGGAAAAAAUAGAAGUAUUAUCUUAAAAUUAUGUGAUAGUAUGAAUACUUCAAGCAGUUGCCUGUUAGCAUAGAGAAAACCUCGCUAAAAACUUUCUAUCCCUAUCAUAUUAAAACUUAGGUUAUUUAAAACAUUAUUUAAUUUAAACUAUUAAUGUGAAUAAAUGAAUUGUAUCUUAUUUAAUAGUAAAUAGAAUUCAAAGUGCAACUAAAUGAGAAAACACACAACAAAAAUCGUCCAUGUAAAUAGUCGAUGGUUUAUAAUAUUUGAUCAUUCUUAUUCAGUAAAAAUACUAUUAUAAAAUAAAAAAAGUUAAAUUUAAAGAAAAACCCAGUUAAGUCAAAAUAUGUUACCAAUCUUAGUUAAAUGCACUUUGAAACUAGCAGUAGAAUAAAUAUAGAUUUAAGUAUAAACAGUAUUGUGAUUAUCUACUUAACUAUUAUUUAAAAUAUUAGUUACUUUUAGUUGAAAAAAAAAUGUACAAAUAGAUUUUUAUUUUGUAUUAAAAUUUGCUACUCAAAAAUAAGAUUAUAUAACGAGUAUUUGAGGUUAUCAAUAUGUGUUAUAAAAAUUACCAGUGUUUAUAUAAGAGUUUUAUUUGAACAUGACAUUAGAACAAUAUGGAGCUUAAUUAUUUUACAAAACGUUACGUAUUUGACAUAAUGUUUGCACAAAAACCUAUUAAAUUAAUGUAUCGUAUUGCAAAACCCGCUUACUCGAAUGUGCUAAUGUAGUUUUGUUGCACAGUAAUAUGUAUAAUGUGAAAUAAUUACUAUAAAUUAUCAUAUAAACAUAUAGCUACAUAAAAAUUUCUUCUUAUUCGAGAUAAAACAAUGUGGUACUUAUACAAUGUGAAAUAUAUUAAACUUAUACGCGACUUUUUAGAAAUAAAGAACCAAUUUUGUACCACACAUUUCUAAUUGGGACCACUUAAACAUAGACUAUUGUAAUAAAUGUGUCAUAUUCUUAAUUGUUGGAAUGGUGCUAAAUAGCCCGAGAAUCGAGAUGUGUUGAAAUACUAUUAAAACAAUUACCUAUGCAUAA